UUUCAGUCUCAUGACCUUGUUCUCCGCCCUAAUCGUUCCAUCGACGGCGGACUUAGGAUUCAAUUGCAGCAUCCAAGCCACAUGCAAGUCUGUAAUCGACUACGUUUCUCCCAACAAAACAACCCUCGCCCACAUCUCCACCCUCUUCGGCGUCGCAAACUUUUACGAUUUACUUGGGGCAAACUCCUUAACAGUCUCCACCAAAUCCAAUUAUAUCGUAGAAGCUAAAGCCACCAUCAAGAUCCCCUUUCCCUGCAACUGCUCCAACGGUACCGGAAUCUCAAAUAGGGUUCCCUAUUACAAAGUACAGCUAGGUGAUGGCUUGGAUCACAUCGCUAGGAAUGUCUACUCUGAGUUGGUGACGUACCAGCAGAUUGCUCAAGUCAAUAACAUCUCCGACCCAAAUGUGAUCCAAACUGGGCAGGAGCUGUGGAUUCCGCUGCCCUGCAGCUGCGUUGAGGUGGGCGGAGCUCAGGUCGUUCAUUAUGGACAUGUGGUGACCAAGGGGAGCACCGUGGAGCAGAUCGCCGAGGAGUAUGGGACCGAUCAAAACACCUUGUUGAAGCUCAAUGGAAUGGCCGACGCCAACGCACUUAUCGCCGGCCAGGUCAUCGACGUUCCUCUCAAAGUUUGUUCAUCCUCAGUCAACAAAAGUUCAGAAGAUUACCCAAUGCUUGUUCCUAACGGAACUUAUGCCUUGACUGCUUACAACUGCGUCCAGUGUUCAUGCCAAUCUUCUUAUCACAAUUACACAUUACAAUGCAAACCAUCUGGGGUUGAACCAACCAAUGUUACUCAAUGCCCUUCCAUGACAUGCCAAGAUGGUUCUCUCAUUGGUAAUACCACAUCAACUUGCUCUACUUGCGCCUAUGCUGGAUACCUCAAAACAAACAUAUUCACAACCCUUGACAACCACACUUGUUCCGGACCUUCAGGUAACUAUGCACCAGCAAGGAUGGGUUCACAGGGUUCAAGUUGGAGGAUUCUUCUCAUCACUAUUCACUUGGGCUUGCUUUGUUUUGGCCUUCUUUCUUAGAUAUAUGAUUUCCCUGUCUCCCUAUG